CCAACCAUUCAAACCGGUCAUUCCAACAUUCAAACAACCGUUCAAACCAACCAGCUACCUCGAGCUCUCUGAUCUCUCUAUUUAUUGGACUGCUGCCUUGUUGGUUUUUGAACGCUCAAGGUCUGUUUUACGGUCAUGUAUUCCCACAACAUGUCUACUGAUAUUUUCGAUGGCCUAGAAGAUUUAGAUUGUGGAAGAGAAAUAGAGAGAGAACUCGAACAACCUCUGGCGAGGCCGACUCCGACGCCUGAUCUGUUCCUCGACGAAUUUGACUGGAUGUCGAGUCCAUGGACACGUUCUUCUGAAUGUAAAUCGAAAGAAGCGGAGGGUGGGUCCACAUCCGGUAAAUGUGGGACUAGCAUGCCAGGACGCAAUCUGUUCAAGCAACCGAAGAAUGCAGCUCAUUCUGUUGGUGAUAUGAAACGUCCGAAACAGAGGCUCAAUUUCCCUUCCAACAUCACAGGCCUUGUAAACAUGAUGCGCAUGGUGAAAUGGACAGAUCUGCACCUUGUACAUCUAAGGAAGACACCCUUCUGGUUGCUGUUCAAGGCCAUACUGGAGAAUCAGCUGCCCCAGUUCAAGAAAGGUGGUGAUAUGGUCGUGAGCAUUAUACAGUCUUAUAGCGUACGGGAGGGGAAAUUCGUUAUUGGUGGUCAGAGUGUUGAUUUCACGGAUGAGGAUGUGAGGCUGUUGUUUGGGCUGCAAUGUGGGGAUGCAUCCUUGGAGUUGAUGGCAAGCCCCAAGCCUGCAUCGGAUUUUGUGCAACGGAGAUGCCAGGGUGUCAGUCGCAUUACUACGAAACUUGUAAAGGAUUUGCUGGUUAAAGCGGCAAAGGGUACAACACCGAGGGAUUAUGAGGACACUGUGAAACUACUUUGCUUGUACGCUUGUGUGAAGUUGUUUUUUUCGACUUCUGGAGAGAGUGUGAGCUGGACUUUCAUUCGGUACGUGGACAAUCUGGAUGCAAUGAAAUCAUACAAUUGGGCUGGUGCGAUACGUAGUUCGUUGAUGUCUUCUAUUAGGGAUUUCCACCGGACACCACAUAAAGUGACUGGAUGUGUGAUUGCUUUGCCGUAUUGGUUAUGUGAACACACAUCGAUAGUUGAAGCAAAAAGUGCGCACAAGUUCCCGCGGUUUCUGAAGUGGAACAUUGGUGAGUUACUGGCCAAUGCACGGGGUGUGAAGUUAUCUGAGGCUGUUAGUUUUCUGGUGAGCCCAGGACAGCUAGUUGCUGAUGAGCGUGAGGUUAAUAUAUUGAAGGGUGAAGAUAUGGUUGGCGGAGAGCACGUCGAUUUGAGGGACAACACUGUUCACAGUGGUUUAGGCGGGGAGAAGGAGAAGGGGGGGAGUGGGCUGAGCCGUGAAGUGGAAAUAGGGAAUCAUGAUAACAGUACCGGUAGCAAUGAAGAUGUGGAUGAUGUGCCUUCAACUCGGAUCAUGUGUGGACGAACCAUCAUGAGCAGACCAAAUGCAGUUUAUAUUGGGAAGCUGUUGGGUGCGAAGGUUGGCACGUCCGAACCGGUCGUUGCGGAGCAUGACUGGUCGUUCAAAUUUGAGCAGGUUGCGAUGACCGGUAAGGAGUGUAGAAUGCGAAACGUUGACAAAGACAAACUUAUAGCAAAGUUGGAGGAAGAAGUUGCUACUUUGAAGAGAGAGAAUGAGAUGCAAUGGGGAAGCCUGGUUGGUGGGUCUGAGAGUGUUUUGAGGGUGAAAGAAGAGAACAAAAGACUAGCAGUGGAAAAUGUUGAAUUGCGGAGAACUGUUACCGUCCUUGAAGAGAAGUUGGCGAAGCAGACGCAGCGGUUUGGCAUAGUACAUGUGUGGGAUGGGGGAGUUGCUGGUGGGACGAGUGGCGAUGGGCACAACGCAUGUGGAGUGCAACAUCACGGCAGCACAGAUGUUUGUCGGUCCCAUCCAUAUGUAGGAUUGCUUAGUGGAGAGAACAUCCGGGAGUUGUUGGCCAAUUUCUCCUCUAGCAGACCCAAAAAGAAGUCCACGAGUAAGAAGCACUGUAGGCUGUCAUCACCAACUUGCACUGAAUCUAAGUAUAAUAAAGAGUAUGGGUCUUUUAACGAUGAUGAUGAUGAUGAUGAUGAGAGGAAGAGGUCAAAGAUGAGGGAGCAUAAGAUGAAGAAACACAAGCAUUCAGAAUCUAGUCCAUCAGAUGAAGCUGAGUUUGAUAGGCAUGAUGGGUCAUCCGAGGAUGAUGAUGAUGAGAGGAAGAGCUCAAAGAAGAGAAAAGAUAAGAGAAAAAAGCACAAGCAUUCUGAAUCAAGUUCAUCGGAUGAUGCGGAAUUUGAUAGGCAUCGUAAACGGAGCAGACACAGGCAUUCUUAUUCGAGUUUGUCUGAAGAUUCAGGCUCUGAUGAGCGACGUGGGAGCAAGCACCGUCAUCCGUAAUCACUAUGAUUCUUUGUCAGAAUGAGAUUUAUAUAUGCUUUAAUUUGAUCUUCUCGUGGAGAUGGCAAAUGAACCAGCUUUUUGGUUUAGGACCAUCAUAGUAUUCCGUGUCUUGGUUUCAAGUAUCAUGCCAUUGUUUGGGUAGUGUUACUAAGAAUUUCGUUUCGCUCUUUUGUUGUUGCCAGUUAUGCAUUGUAUGAAAAUUUGAUGUUUGAUAAUUAUGAGGAGCCUGAAUUGUAAGGAUGCCAUGAUAUCUCCUGUUAACAUCUGUUGUGUUUGAAUUGUUGUGACAAUAAUCAAAAUUUUGUUUCACGAAAUGAG